UGAGGCCAGUUGCCGGGUAACGGAGCGGAGCGGCCACGGCGCGCCGCCUCCCGCCCUCCGCGAGUGGCGCCGGAGCCGCCGCCGCUUUACGUAAGGCGCAGGCCAGGGCCGCCCGGCGCUCGGCAGCCGCUCGGAGCCCUCGGAGGGAGAGAAGGCGCCGCCGCUAGCCGCCGCGCCGCUCGGCAGUUUUGGGAAUAAGCAGAAAAGUGAGCGUUCGGUUGGAGAGGGUUUUUGAACGAGCAGAUUCAUGACGGUGGUUCAGAACCAUUCAGAAGACGGGCAAGCCUAACUGUAGGUUCCACCGGAGACUUGCGUUUGGCCUCAAUGUGAAAGUGAAGCAGAACACCGCACCUCCGCGCACACCGCUGUAGGAGGCCGGUCCUCGGUCAUGCUUGAAGAGGGUAGUCCUGCUCUAGACGGCUGACUGCCAGCAAAGCCAAUGCUUGCCCUAGAUGCCAAGCUUCGCUCCUUUGUCCUGGAGUGAAAGCCCCCUCCAGACACCACCAGAACACCAACCCCAGAACAUGCUCCGUGCUGUAAGGAUGCCGGCCACCUAAAUUCAUGCGCCCUCCCUGUGCCGCUGUCGUGGAUGGUUUACCAUCUGAAGGCCCCUCGAGCUCGCACCCGGGCCCUGCCUCCGUCUCCGAGAUGUCUCUGCUCCAUGCGCUGGGCCCGGUGCAGACCUGGCUGGGGCAAGAGCUGGAGAAAUGUGGCAUCGAUGCCAUGAUUUACACUCGCUACGUCCUCAGCCUCCUGCUGCACGACAGCUACGACUACGACCUGCAGGAACAGGAGAAUGACAUCUUCCUGGGCUGGGAGAAGGGAGCUUACAAGAAAUGGGGGAAGAGCAAGAAAAAGGGCUCAGAUCUCACUCUGGAAGAAAUGAAAAAACAGGCUGCUGUCCAGUGUCUUCGGUCUGCUUCUGACGAAAGCUCCGGCAUCGAGACACUGGUGGAGGAGCUCUGCUCCCGGCUGAAAGACCUGCAGAGCAAGCAAGAAGAGAAGAUUCACAAGAAGUUAGAGGGGUCCCCAUCUCCAGAGGCAGGACUGUCCCCCACAGCAAAGGAUCGAGUGGAAAUGUACUACGAAGCAUUUCCACCGCUUUCCGAGAAGCCAGUCUGCCUGCAAGAGAUCAUGACUGUGUGGAACAAGUCUAAGGUCUGCUCUUACUCCAGCUCCUCGUCGUCAUCCACAGCCCCGCCGGCCAGCACAGACACGCCAUCGCCCAAGGACUGCACCAGUGAAGGCGAAGCCCACAGGGACCGAAGCGAUGACGCGCCCGCCACCGUGCACGAGAAAACCCCGAGCAGAAGUAAACGCGAGCAGGAGAACAAGUUCAGCAACGGCCCGAUGGAAGAAAAGCCUGCUUCGUAUAGAAAGCAGAUCCGACACAAGCCCGAAGGAAAGGUCCGCCCUCGCUCCUGGUCUUCCGGCUCCAGUGAGGCAGGCUCGAGCUCCAGUGGCAACCAGGGGGAGGCGAAGGCGUCUGCGAAGUGUGUGAAAGUGAGGCACAAGGCGCGAGAAAUCCGAAACAGGAAAGGGCGCAACGGGCAGAGCCGGCUGGCGCUGAAGCACGGCGAGAAGGCCGAGAGGAACACCCACGCGGGCGUCGGCGGCGGCGGCGGCAGCGUCGGCUCCGGCAGACAGCUGUGCAGGCGGGCCAAGCGGCCGCUGAAGGAGGCGGGCAGGAGGGACACGGACGGCGCUGAGGGGAGAGACCUGUACCUGGACGGCAGGAACGACAAGGAGUACAAGGAGGAGCCGCUGUGGUACACGGAGCCGAUUGCGGAGUAUUUUGUUCCUUUGAGCAGGAAAAGCAAGCUAGAGACCACCUACCGGAACAGACAAGAUGCGCACGACCCGAUGGCAGAGGCGGUGGAGGGGCUGUCUGACUCAGUGCAUGGUCUUUGUAUCAGCAACAGUAAUAUUCAUAAAACAUACCUCGCAGCAGGCACUUUCAUUGACGGUCAUUUUGUAGAGAUGCCUGCGGUCAUCGAUGAGGAGCUCGACCUCACUGGGACCUCGUUCUGUUCUCUCCCGGAGGACAGCAAGUACUUGGAUGAUAUUCAUCUGUCAGAAUUAACCCACUUCUAUGAAGUGGAUAUUGACCAAUCCAUGUUGGAUCCUGGUGCCUCAGAAACAAUGCAAGGAGAAAGUCGGAUUUUGAAUAUGAUUCGACAAAAAAGCAAAGAGAAAACAGACUUUGAGGCAGAAUGUUGCAUAGUGUUAGACGGGACGGAGUUGCAAGGGGAACGUGCAAUAUGGACAGACCCAGGCCGCCCUGCGGGGGCCGAGGGGCUGCUGCGCCAGGACCCGGGCGGCCUGGCUCGGCUCUGGGAGUGCCGCUCGGCCAGCUCCGGCGACGCCGACGGGGAGAGCUUCGGGGGCGACUCCCCGAUUCGGCUGUCUCCCAUCUUAGACAGCGCGGCCCUCAGUCCGCAUCUGCUUGCUGGCAAUCAAGAGCUCUUUUCAGAUAUUAAUGAAGGAUCUGGUAUAAACUCUUGUUUUUCAGUGUUUGAAGUGCAAUGCAGUAAUUCUGUUUUACCAUUUUCUUUUGAAACACUCAACUUGGGAACUGAAAAUACAGAUUCUAGUGCGAACAUGCUUGGGAAAACACAGUCCAGGUUGCUAAUAUGGACCAGAAAUAGUGCCUUUGAAGAAAACGAACACUGUUCUAAUCUUUCAACAAGAACCUGUAGUCCAUGGUCCCAUUCAGAAGAAACACGGUCAGACAACGAGACGUUAAAUAUUCAGUUUGAAGAAUCCACGCAGUUUAAUGCAGAAGAUAUGAAUUAUGUCGUCCCAAGAGUCUCGUCAAAUUAUGUAGAUGAAGAACUUCUAGAUUUUUUGCAAGAUGAAACUUGCCAGCAAAACAGUAGAACUUUAGGAGAAAUUCCUACGUUAGUUUUCAAAAAAAAAUCUAAACUAGAAUCUGUCUGUGGUAUUCAGCUAGAACACAAAACAGAAAACAAAACCUUUGAAACUACACGAGUGUGUCGCGAGGGCAGUCCACGUGGAGGCGGCUACAGCUCAGGGGUCAUGAAAGACAUCUGGACGAAGAUGGCCGACGGUUCGUCCGUGGCUAUGGUAGAAGUAGAGAGAGUCGCCGACGAGCUGUUUUCGACAGAUGUGAGUAACUACUGCUGCUGCCUGGAUACUGAAGCUAAAGCGGAGCCCCUUGAGGAGCCGAAUAAGGCCGUGCAGCGAUCCGAGUAUCACCUGUGGGAGGGGCAGGGCGAGAACCUGGAGAAAAGAGCUUUCGCUCCCAGCGAGCUCUCCGAGGCGGAUGGCGGGGACUACACCACCCCCUCUAGGCCCUGGGGUGUGGCCCAGGAGAAGGAGAACGCCUUCAUUCUCGGAGGCGUCUACGGAGAGCUGAAAACCUUCAGCAGCGACGGGGAAUGGGCGGUGCUGCCCCCCGGGCACGCCAGAGGGAGCUUGCUGCAGUGCGCGGCCUCGGAUGUGGUGACGAUAGCUGGCACAGAUGUCUUCAUGACCCCGGGAAACAGCUUCGCUCCGGGUCACAGGCAGUUAUGGAAACCCUUUGUGUCAUUUGAACAGAAUGACCAGCCGAAGAGUGGGGAAAACGGAUUAAAUAAGGGAUUUUCUUUUGUCUUCCAUGAAGACUUACUAGGAGCUUGUGGUAACUUUCAAGUUGAAGAUCCUGGGCUUGAAUAUUCAUUCUCUUCCUUCGACUUAAACAAUCCAUUCUCACAAGUUCUUCACGUAGAAUGUUCAUUUGAACCUGAAGGGAUUGCAUCUUUCAGCCCUAGUUUUAAACCGAAGUCAAUCCUCUGCUCUGAUUCAGACAGUGAAGUUUUUCACCCCAGGAUAUGUGGCGUUGACAGAACGCAAUACAGGGCUAUUCGGAUCUCUCCUCGGACUCACUUUCGCCCAAUUUCUGCAUCUGAACUGUCCCCAGGAGGAGGAAGCGAGUCGGAGUUUGAAUCUGAGAAAGACGAAGCAAUUAUUCCCGUUCCUUCUCAGGUCGAUGCAUUUGAAGGUCCACAAGCAGAUCUCAAACCCCUGGAAGAAGAUGCAGAGAAAGAAGGCCAUUACUAUGGACAAUCAGAGCUGGAGUCUGGAAAAUUCCUCCCCAGGCUAAAGAAAUCUGGGAUGGAGAAGAGCGCUCAGACAUCGCUGGAUUCCCAGGAGGAGUCCGCGGGGGCCCUGCCAGGCGGGAACCAGAGCCAGUGUUUGGGAUGCAGCGGGGAUGACUCUCUGGAAAUCAACUUAGAAAGCUCAGAAGCGAAUUGUAAAAUAAUGACACAAUGUGAGGAAGAAAUUAAUAAUUUUUGCAGUUGCAAAGCAGGCUGUCAGUUCCCUGCUUGUGAAGAUGACCCGGUUUCCUCUGGGCCACUGGAGGAGAUUGGGAAGAAAGAAAAAGAGGGAAGGAGCGUGACCCCACACCGUGCUACUGCCAUAUUCCUCUGCUUUCUAUUUCCCGUAUUGAACACCAAUGUACAAGGAGUGAAUAGAAGUCAAGAAAAGCAAACCUGGUGGGAAAAAGCCUUGUACUCGCCUCUUUUUCCUGCAUCAGAGUGUGAAGAAUGUUAUACAAAUGCCAAGGGAGAGAAUGGGAUAGAAGAAUGUCCAGAUGCUAAAGAAAUCCCCAGUAAUGAAGAGCGUCUGUUAGAUUUUAAUAGGGUGUCUUCUGUUUAUGAAGCAAGGUGUGCAGCGGAGGGCGACUCCGGAGCGGAGGCCGAGGGCCCCGGCAGGAAGCGGUCCUCCAGCGCCGGCGCCGGCUCCGGGGCCACGGGCUCGGCCGGCGCGGGCGAGUGGGCGGACCCCGGCGACGAGGAGCUGUUUUCUCGAACUCAUCUCUGACCCUGCAGAGUAGGACGCGGUGUUCUUUAAAAACGAAACGGGAUGGAAAUCGCCCUUUUGUGAGGCCUGUUAAUCUGAAACAACAACUUAGGUUUCUUCUCAGUUAACUGAGUCAGAUCAGUAAUUAUCUUUCUCUUCUUGCUUAUUUUAGAGUUGAAAACAGCUAGCCUGUUGAAGAUUUUUUUUCCAAGCUGUUAAAUUCUUGGCUAUUUGAAAUAGACUAGAUUGUGUUGUCAAAUCAAGAAUGGGUGUGCAUGUGCUUGUCUCAGAAGUACCACUGCUCCUUGCAUCCCGCCUGCGGCCACGCCCUGUGGACUGUGGGCAGGUCCCUGCCACCACCUUGGCACCGCGGCGCCCGCGAUGCCCCCUGCUCUCCAGAGACUUGAGCUUGGGACAUGUAGGCUUUGUCCUCUAAGCACCGGGACAGAAACACGUCCCCACAGCGGGUCAGCGCCUUCCCGAAGGCGAGAGGGAGGCGUGGGCGAUGCCGCCGCGGUCCCCAUUCCCUAAGAUCUCAUGCACAUCGGAAGUAGCGACCACCAGGGCGCGCUUUCAGAGACUUACAAAAUGCUGUGUUUUCUCUCGUAGGAUUCCCCCCUAGAGUAUCACGGAAGAAACUGUGGUUGUGACUUUAUUGCUAACUGGAGAAGCCCCGGGUGUGGGGUGUGGGGUGGUUCCUGAGGCGCCGCGAGGUCAGAGGGCAAGCCCGGCCUGCUCGGUGCUGCCGUUGUUGGUGCACCGGGGCACCUGCCAGGUACUCUUGGCGCGCUCGCUGUACUCGGUGAGGCUCUCAGCUGCAAAUUGUGAUUUCCUCAGAACCUGCAUUAGCUGAAACCUCUAGGACUCAAAAUCCUAACGUGCGACAUGCAGUGAAGGCCACCCUGUCACCCGAAAGCGUCCUUGGCUGCUGCAGCGGGCACCUCUCGCGGCUGUGAUGUAGUGUAGUUAGAUCUCCUUUGUGUUUGCGAGAAUGUGCUGGCUGAGUUCUGUGUGUGCUGGGCUGGGGGCGGGUGGAGGAUCGGUUUCUCCCACACGCGAGCGAUUGCCCCCUGGGGCUCGUGUCCCCUCCUGGCGGAGCCCGGGGUCAGUGCAAGUCCUGUCGCUCACGCGGCCACCUCCUCGAGCUUCUCACUGCUGUGCCACAGGCGGAAGUUGGGAGGAGUAAUGUUUGCAAAACCUGAACGUUUUGAAUUGCUUUUCUUUUUUAACCAACUCAUUAAAAACCAACAAACAAACAAAAAAAAACAACAAAAACAAAAAACAAAAAAAAACCUAACGUGUGAAAUCAGUUUCGCAUGUCUGUAACGUGAGGAACGGCAGAAAAGUCUGAGGAGAACAAGACAGCUUCGCCACUGAUUUGGCAGGCAGUCCCCACGUGAUGGUUCACCAGCUGGGAGUGGAAUUGGCCGAGAAAUACAUGCCUCACUGUGAGCUUUGGGUUUGGUUGCCUUUUCCUCAGUUGAUGACACAGAAAACUCCCUCGAAGGCUGUGGAGUCGCCCCAGCUCCCUGCGCCCUCACUGAGAAACCCGAGGGAGCGCUGGGCGCGACCGCGCCGCACGCCAGGGCUUGCUCUCACACAGCACGUCCUCUGACGCUUUAAAGUGGGUGUGUGUGUGCGCGUGCGCGUGUGCAAGAUUUUAUGUUGCUGUUAUUUAUUUACAGAUUUUAUAAGGUUUUAUGUAUUUUCUUUCUUCCAGAGCUUCCUAAAAAUUCAUUAGCAUCUGCACUGAAAUACAAUUUAACAGCAAAGGCAAAAAAGAAUUGGAUGUUGUAAAUUCUUAAAAUCACUACAAUGACGAUUGUCCUAGAAACUGUUGCUUGUGUAGCAGAGACCAAAUCAGUAGAUUUCAGACACCACCUUGAGCUCAGCUGACCUUGGACAGAGAGGGUGGCAGGUGGUGGGGGUGCAGGCGUCCUUCCGCGCUGCCAGAGGCUGCCUGCACCUUCUGCGGGGAAUGGGGCGGGGGGUAC